UAGACGUGGUGGCUCAUGCUUGGCGAGCUCUUCAAUCAUCUUUAGAUCUCCAGAAAGUCAAAAGUCUACACCAAAUAGUUUACACCACCUAAUAGAUGUACAUCUGGACUAGAAUAUAGUAGGCAAAUAGGAAAGUCUUCACAGGAUUGAUCUUAGAAUAUUCACAAAGUAACCUAAGAAUUGGCCUGGAUACCUAAAAAUCUACAAUACAUCACCAGCAAAGAUCCUAGCCAAGUCAUCAUAGUUUAUGCCAAGCAUCUCAUAAACAAUGGAGGCAAUGUCUGAUGAACAAAGAGUUUUUUUACAGAUGUUGAUGAGCAAAAAUAUAAUGGAUGCGUCUGGUGUAAAAAUGGCCCACAGGGCGAGUUGUGCAAGGUUUGAAGCUAAUUAUGAUCAAACAAACUUAGGACAAUUUGUCCAAGAGAUAAACAGGAACAUCAAACCAGUUGGAAUUGAAAUAAAGAAAGGCCUCAGUGAAUUUACAGGAUCCUCAUAUUAUGCAUUGGUGAAUACAUACGACUCUGACUUCUUGAAAAACCCACACCUUGCAACAUACACCGUCAAUGAACUUGAGCUUUUCAAAAAAAUCGUUCAAAAGAUAGUGAAUGGGGAUGGGGAGAUCAACACAAUACAAGCAGUCAACCUCACUGAUGAGAUAAAGACCAUAAGUAAAAAGAGAAUGACAAAAAAAGAAGCUGAAACACUUAUUGAAUCUCUGUCCACAGCAGGCUGGAUAACAAUACACAAGGGGAAGGGCAUUAUAUCUCUUGGUACAAGAGGCAUCCUUGAACUGGACCAAUACAUAAGCAAGACAUACCCAUUGUCUGCCAUCAAUUGCAACAUCUGCAAAAGACUGUGUAUCAAGGGCCAGAUGUGCUCAGUGUGUGAAGACAGGGCAGAGAGACCUGAGGAUAAUACCAAACUACAUCUAUAUUGUGCUGUAAGACUGUUCAAAGAUCAAACAAACCCAAAGUGCCCAAAAUGCAAACAUGAUUGGGAACACCAAAUACCAAGACAAGCUUGAUGGAGAUUGGUAGUCUAGUAUCCAACAAACUG